AAACGCGGGACCCGGGGCGGGGGCCAAGCCGGGCAUGGCCGCUCCCGGCCGGGAGGGGCGACGGGGCCGGCCCCCGCUGAGUGACGGCCGGGACGGGGCCAGGGCCGAGGCCGGGUCCGGACCCCCGCCCCCCGCAGCGGCGGAGCCGGCGCCGGUAGGACGCACCGCCCGGGCUCGGCUCGGCUCGGCUCGGCUCAGGCUCGGCUCGGCUCGGCUCGCGGGUGCGGUCCUGUUUCGGCAUAAAAGUGAGAUUCACGAGACGCCUCUAAGAUGUCUUAUAGAAAGGAGUUAGAAAAAUACCGAGACCUGGAUGAAGACAAGAUCCUUGGAGCUCUGACAGAGGAGGAGCUCAGGAAGUUAGAGAAUGAACUGGAAGAGCUGGAUCCUGAUAACGCAUUGCUGCCAGCAGGGCUCAGGCAGCGGGAUCAAACGCAAAAGCCACCAACUGGCCCAUUCAAAAGGGAGGAACUCAUGGCCCACCUAGAAAAGCAAGCGAAGGAUGUUAAAGACAGAGAAGACUUGGUUCCUUUCACGGGUGAAAAGAGAGGAAAAGCUUGGAUACCCAAGCAGAAGACGAUGGAUCCUGUUUUGGAAAGUGUGACUCUGGAGCCAGAACUGGAGGAAGCCCUUGCGAAUGCCUCUGAUGCAGAGCUCUGUGACAUUGCUGCCAUCCUUGGCAUGCACACCUUGAUGAGUAACCAGCAGUACUAUGAGGCACUGGGGAGCAGCACCAUUGUGAACAAAGAAGGGCUCAAUAGUGUGAUUAAGCCCACGCAGUACAAACCGGUUCCUGAUGAGGAACCAAACUCAACGGAUGUGGAGGAAACUCUGAAACGAAUACAAAGCAAUGACCCUGACCUUGAGGAAGUCAACCUUAACAAUAUUAUGAAUAUUCCCAUACCAACUUUAAAAGCUUUUGCGGAAGCACUGAAAAGUAACACCUACGUGAAAAAGUUCAGUAUAGUUGGGACACGGAGCAAUGAUCCUGUUGCUUUCGCACUGGCAGAAAUGCUGAAGGUCAAUAACACGCUGAAAAGCCUGAAUGUGGAAUCAAACUUCAUUUCUGGGUCAGGGAUCCUGGCUGUUGUGGAAGCGCUCCAGGGCAACACAUCGCUUGUAGAACUGCGCAUCGACAACCAGAGCCAGCCCUUGGGCAACAAAGUAGAGAUGGAAAUCGCGGACAUGUUGGAAAAAAACACCUCCCUGCUCAAGUUCGGGUACCAUUUCACUCAGCAAGGUCCCCGGCUCCGUGCCUCCAAUGCCAUGAUGAAUAACAAUGAUCUAGUGAGGAAGAGAAGACUUGCAGAGUUGAACGGGCCUAUUUUUCCCAAGUGCAGAACUGGAGUGUAGUUCCUGGCUAUGGAGGUCAUUCUCAGUGAUCUGUGCUAUGCUGUGGAAAUCUAAAGGCAAUAAGUGCCUUGACAGAGUAUUUGUGGUGCCUCGGUUCUGUUUUAUGCACUAAGAGUUUAAAUUAACUAGUGGCUGUAGUUGAAGAUUUUAUCCAGUAGGACUGUUGGUGUUUUCUGUAGAGUUGGAAACUAUUCAAGCCAGUAACAACCUGCCCAUUUUAUGCAAUCUGUUUAGAGUACAUCCCAGUGUAAAAGUGACUCUUAAUUAUCCUGGGACCUAAUUUUUCUAUAAACUUCCUGCACAAUGUUUCAUACAGUUAGGAUGUGGUAUGCAUGAGUGAAAGAUACAACUGUUCCACACAAAUUAUGGAAGCAUUAAAAAAAUACUUUAAUUUUUUUUUUCCAAAUUGCUCUCAACUAUAGAGGAGCAACAAGUUUAACAAGCACUUCUACUACCUGGAAACAUGGCUAAUUUCAAGAAUUGUGAAUUACAAGUUUUUACUGACAUUUGCUGAGUCAAUUAGUUGGAGAUGCUGUUUCAAAUGCAAUACUAUGUUUGUUAGAAAAAAUUGAUCUCCGCCCCCUGAUUAAGCUGAACUUAAGGCCACCAAUUAUAAAACACAGCCUCAAAAAUUAAGCGGUUUAGGAUGGGUUAAUAUCUUUCUAUCCUACGUAUGUCUGAAGAAAAUAGUUACCUUUAGAUAUGUGACACAAAUGCUAACCCCACAGAGGUGGCCAAACUAAUCAGCAAACCGGAGCCCUCUCUUCUAAUCCCCACUCCCUUCCAUUUCCUAAGGUUGAAAGUGUGUGUCUAGAUAUUCACUGGAAACAAGUAAAAUUCUCUCUCUUUGCUGUUUUAUCUAGAUGACCAUGUCCAUUAAUUAAAUUUUGUUCUGCUAGGGUUUUUCUUUUA